AUGUCGACAACUUCCCGUCUCUUCGAGCCGCUCAAGAUUGGCAACCUGACCUUGUCACACCGCGUGGGUCUAAGCCCCCUGACCCGCUACCGAGCAUCAGACGAUCAUGUUCCGCUGGAGUUUGUCAAAGAUUAUUAUGAGCAAAGAGCUUCGGUCCCCGGAACUCUGUUGAUCACUGAGGGUACUUUUAUAUCUCCAGGGGACGGUGGCCACCCCAAUGCCCCCGGGAUCUACAACCAGAAUCAAAUCGACGCGUGGAAGGAGAUCACAGACGCUGUGCACGCCAAAGGCAGCUACAUUUUCUGCCAGCUUUGGGCUCUCGGCCGCGACGUCUAUGCGGACGUGGCCGCCGCGGAGGGGAUCAAGAUCGUCAGCUCUGGCGACAUUGGACUGGACGACGAGCGGCGGCCCACUCCCCUGACCACCGACGAGAUCCAGGCCAGGGUGCGUAACUACGCCACAGCUGCCAAGAAUGCCAUCGCCGCUGGCUUCGAUGGUGUUGAGCUGCACGGAGCCAACGGGUACCUGAUCGAUCAGUUCCUUUCAGACCGCACCAAUAAUCGGAAUGACGAGUACGGUGGCAGCGUGGAGCGCCGCUCCCGAUUUGCUGUCGAGGCUGUGACGGCUGUAAGGGAUGCCGUGGGAGCCGAGAGGACCGGACUUCGCCUCAGCCCGUGGAGUGAUUACAACCACAUGAGGAUGGAUGAUCCCGUCCCGCAGUUCACGGACGUUAUUCGGCGGGUCAACCAGCUGGGCAUAGCCUACGUCCACCUCAUUGAGUCUAGGGUGCAUGGAAACGUAGACUCUGAGGGCUCAGAAAGCCUGGCUUUCGCAUUCAAGGAGUUCGAUGGACCCGUGCUUGUGGCGGGCGGUUUCACGCCGGAAUUAGCGAGGCAGGUGGUUGACAAGGAAUUCCCGGAAAAGAACAUCGUCAUCAUGUUUUGGAGAUAUUUCAUCUCCACGCCAGAUCUGCCUUUUAGGAUUCGAAAAGGUCUGAUUCCGAACCCCUACAACAGGGAGACAUUCUACGCGCCUAAAACUAAGAGCGGUUAUAUCUAUUAUCCUUUCAGCCCGGAGUUCUCCCGCGAGAUCGGUGGAGUGACAGCAUAG